AGAUCUCUUCCUGUUCUCAUCAGACUCUGAAUUCUCUCAAGAACUACAAUUUGCAUCCUGUUCUAGCCAGUUCUUUUCGCCUCUCUUUGCCCUCCCCCCCUUUUCUUUUCAAACAUUUUCCCUGUGGUAGCCAUCUCUCUCUUGACCAAUGUUGGUGACUUCAUAUCCACCGGAAAUCAAUACCGGUACCGUCACAACAUAUUUACCACUCGCCACACCCUGGGGCUGGAACAAUAACUGCUCGGACAACUUUCAAUGGCAUAAUGGCUCUCUGUGGGCAUCAUUUGACCCCGCAUUUGCUGCCUAUGCGGAGCACCAAUGUGGGCCACCAGAAUUCCAACAGUGGUAUGAUAAAGAGGAGUUUGUAGGACCUGAUGGCCUCGCUACCACGACAUCUCUUGGCCCCCUGGCUCCUCCUACCAACGUUCCUAAUAUUUCUGUCGCAUCAAUAUUUGUUAGAUACCAGUCGAGCACGCUUUCUCUUUACUGUCCCCCAGAAUACAAAUCAUCAUCAGCAGAGGAUUUCCCAGACUGCGUAUCCGCCAUUCAGCCUAGAACUCCAGUUACCUACAUGAGUCCUACGAUCAUGGGUAGGGACACGACCUGGGCCACGAAGACGACACAAUUUACAGAAAUUACAAAUGUUCAUGCGUUUCCUGUGCAAGGCUGGAAUAUCAAUGACACUGGAGGUCAUGGCUGCUCAUCCUGUUUUACUUGCCCGUGCGCUUUUCUUUAUUCUCAUCAUGAAUAGAGAUGAAGGACGGACAGCCGUACGGAGAAGAUAUGCCAGG